CUACUUUGUAUAUAAACUUGAAAGUCUGCAGAUAAGAUCCAUACUUGCUGGAAAUAGAUUCAAGUCGUGAGAAGUGUGAAUAUGAAAGGAAUAUAUGCCUUUAUUGUGAUUUGUUGCAUUCUCAACUUGCAUCUGAUACAAGGGUAUUACACAACAGGGGUUAUUCGCGACUACUGUUUAGAAAAUGAGCUGCUAACAACCAUCAUACACAUUGCAUCAACUGGUAUAAUCUACAAUGGAUGUAUACCCUCACCUUUAAACGAAAAGUGUGUUAUUGUAGAUAUUACAGUGAGGGGUUGGAGAUGCCCUGGCAAUUCUUUCCCGACUUUUAAUGCCGCCGGGAGAAUGAGAUGUUGUACAAAGGAAGGUUUGGAGGUUCAGAGCUGCAUUUUUGACUCUAAUAUCUACAACUUUGACAACGACUUUGUAGCGAAUCCUCCAAAGGGGUUUCAUCUAAAGGGUCGAUUUGGUUUGGGAAACCCGAACGACCCAUUCGGUUAUAGGUUAGAAUAUUGUUCUCUGCAACGUCGACGUCAUCAAUAUUGAAAUCAACCCUGUGUACCAUCUGACAUCAUCAUCAGUAAUCGAUCGACCUCAUCUUUGUGAUAUUAAUUAGAGAGUGACGACAAACUACAU